AUGGCCUAUAAGGUGGAUGUUCCCAAGUCCGGGAAUUCAGAGCUACUCACCAAGACUGAAAGUACCACAGUGGCUGGCGUAGCAUUGGCUGGAAUGCUUUGCAUUGUACUCUUGCUUUUGCUGCUGCCAGCAGGGCGUGUCAAACGGCAGCCUCACAUUGUGUUCAUUAUGGCAGACGACUUGGGAUGGGACGACGUCAGCUUUCACGGGUCCUCUCAGAUUCCCACGCCAAACCUGGAUGCCUUGGCUGCGGACGGCAUCAUACUCAACAGCUUCUACGCGCAGCCGUCCUGCACACCUUCGAGGUCGGCCCUCCUGACCGGACUGUAUGCCAUACGAACAGGGCUCCCGGUGGACGUAGCCGACCCAUGGGGCUUGCCUUUGAACGUGCGCCUUCUGCCCGAGUAUCUCAGGGAGAUCGGAUACGAAACUCACCUCGUUGGAAAGUGGGGAAUCGGCUACUACAAGACAAGCCUCACUCCGACAUGCCGUGGCUUUGACAGUUUCUACGGAUACUACAACGGAGAAGAGGACUACUACACGCACAGCAUAACCUACGAAAACCACACGGGCGUCGACUUCUGGCUCAACAUGGAACCAUUGUUCUCCGAAAGUGGCGCUUAUUCAACGACAUUGUUCACGGAAAGAGCGCAGUACCUCAUCCAGAACAGGAAUAGGUCAAAGCCGUUCUUUCUCUUUCUGAGUCACCAGUCACCGCACGGCGCUGGAGAGCCUGAAACAUUUCAGGCACCGCAGGAGAACGUGGAGAAAUUUCCAUACAUUGGAGAAAAGAACAGAACAAUCUACGCAGGCAUGGUAGACGCGCUGGACCAGUCUGUAGGUGAAGUGUUCAAGGCUCUCAGCGAUGCCCGCAUGCUCGACAACACCAUCCUCAUCUUCUGCAGCGACAAUGGCGGACAACCUUGGGGUAUGCACACGACCCGCAGCUUCAACUGGCCCCUCCGCGGAUCCAAGGGCACGGUGUGGGAAGGAGGAACCAGAGUCCCCGCUUUCGUCUGGAGUCCCCUCCUGGCGAACACUCGCAGGGUGUCCGACCAACUCAUGCACAUCACGGACUGGCUACCCACGCUAUACUCAAUCGCCGGAGGUGACGUGGACACGCUAGGGGAACUGGAUGGGUUUAAUAUGUGGCGGUACCUGUCUCAAGGAAUUGGCUCGCCUCGUGUCGAGAUGCUCUACAACAUCGACAAGCGGUUUUUUAACAACUCAGCUCUGCGAAGCGGCCGUUUCAAGUUGGUGCUCGAUGGUACCGGAUUAAUGAGUGAGCGCUACACUCGACCAGGUGGCGUCCGUCCGUACGACGACCUCGAUAAGUUGCUCACCCAGUCGAUAGCAGCCAAAGUCCUCAGAGGCUUCCACAAAAGGGAGCAUCUGAGGUUUCCCAAGGACUGGAGAGAAAGAGCGGCGUUGAAAUGUGGCAAUCCGGACGGCGGACAAUUUUACCCGAACGGCACGGUUCACCUGUUCGACAUAAUAGAAGAUCCUUGCGAAUUGAACAAUAGAUUGAGCCGUUAUCGUCGGCUGACCCUCUCACGUUUUCGCUCAAACUGCAAGAAACAACACAGACUUAGCCCGUUCAAGUUGAUCAAUGGCAGGAACCUGACGACGACUCUCGAAGCCCAGCUGCUGCACGUCAACGAAAAGGAGCACCUAGACCUUGCCGCCUAUCUCUACCGCGCCGAAGAAUCCCGACAACUCGCCCGCCUGCGCAUCGAGAACCAGCUACUUCCAGGAAUCUUUGACGAUACUAUGUGGAAUACCAGCCGGGUGACCAUGUUUUUUGGGGAAAAAGAAGAGCCUGUCCCCCUCUUUGCAGAGAAGACCUCGGCACCACUGCACCUCGAGGAAGAAGAGAGCACCGGUCCCCCUCCCCCAUGGAGCACACCUUGUCUUCCGGAAGGCUUCGCCUAUUAA